AUGAUAAGAACUCUUUUACUUACCGUUUUACUAACUGUAAGUAUUGGAGCCAUAGAAGGCUCUCAUCGGGUUAAGAGAAUUGUUGGAGGUAUGACUGCCGAAGCACCACCUAAGGAUGAUCCUGUUGUCUUUGUCCAUCGUCCCACAAAGACUAUUCGCAUUGAGGGACUUCAGCAGGAUGGCACGGGGUUUUAUUCCUUCUUAGGUAUACCCUAUGCUGACCCACCAACGGGGAAGAAUCGCUUUGUACGGGCGCGCAUCAGGAGGCUCGUGGGAGAUAUCAUGGCUACAAAGUAUCCUUCCCCAUGUCCACAAUUAAAUGCAGAAAAUUCCGAAGAGGUGGUGGGAAGUGAGGAUUGUCUAAAGCUAAACAUCCACACACCUCAGAUGCCAGAUCCGGAUGUAAAGCUUCCAGUUAUUGUAUUCCUUCACGGUGGUGGCUUUCGAUAUGGUUCCCCGUCGCAGUACGAUCCUAAGCAUUUAGUUGGGCAAAAGGUAAUCUUCGUGGGUGUACAAUAUCGUCUUGGCUCAUUAGGAAUCCUUGGAUUGGGUUCUAAGGAAUUCCCCAGUAAUGGGGCUCUGUCGGACUGUGUGGCUGCAUUGAGAUGGACAAAUAGGUACAUUCAGUACUUCGGUGGAGAUCCCGAGAGAGUAACAAUUCUAGGACACGGAUCUGGGGCUUCCUUGGCAAUUAUGAUGUCUUUAGUGAAGCACACAAGUUCAUUAAUUCGAGGCAUUGUGGCCAUGUCCGGAAGUGCCCUUGCACCACAUGCUGUUGAUAAAAAGCCACCGCAAUCUCUUGAAGAAGUUAAGAGGGUGAAUAGGUGCUUCAAAGAGAACCCAUUGAUGAUUUUUCGGUGCCUGCAGAAUGUUCCAGCGAAUGAAAUCGUCCUCAAGGAUACAGAUAUUCAAAUGCUCCCACAGAAUUCGGAUGUAAUUGCUGACUUGUCUGGUUUCUUGGGAUUCUCCCCGAGUAUCGAGGAUAAGGAUGACAACCGAGGAUUACCGGGGAUUCUUACCGAUCCACCAAGAUCUUUUCUCUUAUCCGGGAAAUUCCAUUCUAAGAUUCGCUUACUGAUUGGUCAGACACAGGAUGAAACAUCUAGGUGUUCUUCUGUCUCCAAGAUUCCCAAGAAUACCCUAAAGAAACUGGAAGAAAGUGCUGGAGAUUUCUUGUCGCUCUUCAAUCUCACAAAUCCUCUUGGAUUCUUUAAUCAACUAGGUACGACACUUCUCAAUGUUGGUGGUGUCACCAAGAAAUUCCUCGAUGAUAUUUUUGAAGCCACCACCGAUAUCUUCUUCAGCAUUCCUGUUGUUUUUACUGCAAAAUUCUGGAGCGAUGCAGCAUCAUCCGUUAUCUACAGUUUCAACUUCCUCACAAAGUCCAAACUACCAGGUGGUGAGAUAUUCCUGCCUCACUUAUCCCUCACUCAAGGCCCUAAGCAAGAGGGUAAAGUCGCACAUGGGGAUGAAUUAAUUUUCCUUUUUGAACCUCGAGAUAUCUUUGGUAAUCCUUUGGGGAAUGUUAGCAUGUCCUUCAGUGCAGCCGAUGAGAAGGUACGGAAAGACUUUACCGCGAUGAUUGCAAAAUUCACCGAAAUGGAAGAAGAGGAUAACUCCACAUCUGGACUGUUCUCUAUCUUCUCAUCCGCGCAAUUGCCCUACAUGGAGGUGUCUGAUAAAAUUACACCAAGGAAUAAUUUUAGAAUUUGUUCACUAAUCAAAUUCGGAGGGAUCUUCUCAUUUGCCGAUGAUUUUCAAUGCGAAGUCAUCAAAGGCGUGGACACCGUCAAGGAGACAAUGAUGAAUGUUGGUGAUACUAUUGCCAAAGCAACGUAUCUGGAUAAAGUCGUUCAUACCGUUCACAGCCCAAUUAAAAGUGUUAAGAAUGCAUUUGGACGACUCUUUAGACGACCCUAAAGAUGCAAAGUGAAAAAGGUUGAAAUUAAUGGAAAUAUCCUUUUGCAUUUAUUUUAUAUAUUAUGUAAUUACUUAAUCUUAAAGUCAUUUAAUCCAUUUAAUAUAUUCAAUUUUUAUAUCUAUGCAAUUAAAUGUUUUUUUUUAUUGAAAAA